CGACGCACUCGGGGUCGGAUAUAAGGGUAUUAGCUCAGCGGCGUUGAACCAUCGAGUCCAGCCCCCAUCCUCUGGAUUGAACCUCUAGGAUGGCCGAACUCUCCUUGAUCGGUGUCAACCUGGCGACUGCGUGCAUAGGAAGCAUGGCUUAUGGCGUUUUCUUCGUCCUCUUUGUCCUAUCCACCUAUCUCAUGUUACAAUAUCAACAUAAACCACCUGGUAAUGGCACCGUUCGGAGAUCGCCCCUCCUCACAGCGGGGUUCGUCCUGUUUCUAGGUGUUACUGGACAAUGGAUAUGCGUUGUUCUGCGGACCUUUGAUGCCUUUCUUAAUUACGACGGUGGCAAAGAUCCAGUCUACUUCUACGCCGAUCUCCGGCAACCAACGGAGGCGGCAAAACUGGGAUGUUGGGUCACGGUCAUGAUCGUAUCGGACGCUAUGAUUAUAUAUCGUAUGUACAUCAUAUGGAACCGGAACCUGCGAGUACUUGCCUUCCCACUCCUGACGUUGACUGCGGUAUUGGUAUCCGGCAUUGGGGUUGUUUACCACUUUGCCGUAUAUCCAGUCGGUGAAAAUGUGUAUGCCUCAACCACCGGUCGCUGGAUUGUCUCGGAUUGUCUCUGUAGCUUGUGUACCAACCUAUACUGCACGAGUAAGUUCCUCAUUUUUCUCUCAACCCCCGUGAGGACAAGUGGUCAUAUGACACCUCUACACAGCAAUGAUCUCAUUCCGCAUUCUACGCUCUCGGGCAAGGGUGCUACGCUUUGGCGGAAAUGGUCUGACAGUAGGAGCUUCUCUUGUGCAUCGUCACACCGCAGUGAUAUUUACUACGAUCCACAGAAAGCGCUUGUUAUUGUCGUUGAAAGCGCGGGCAUAUAUACAGCCUGGAAUAUUUUCUUCGUCGCGGUGUAUCUUGCCAAGUCGAACCUCAAUUUCACUGCAGUAGACGUAUGGUGUCCUGUCGCUGGAAUAGCGAAUAUGCUCAUCAACGUCCGCGUGGGUAUGGGCUGGGCGGGGAAUGACUAUCCGUCACGCCCCGGGAUGGCGCCGGUUGAACCACGCCUGCCCGCGAAACAAUCGCCUGCGCAUCCCGUAGAAAUCAAUGUCGCGCGUGUCGUGGAGAGUGACGACUACGGGAUGGAAUUGCUGCAACAAAAGCAACAUGACGGUGUUUUCGUGGACGACGCCUUGUAACGUAGCAGCAAUCUCCAUUCACGUUAAUACCGUUAUGGUCGCCCAUAUUCUAUGUACACUAUUGAAAUCAUCCAUUUUUGCCAGUAGGCAGUAUUGACAGCA